UGUGGUGUGUCAACCGUAACAUUCGUGAACGCCCUGCAACUUACAAAUAAAUAACAAAACAAAUAACUAUGAGAAUUAAUUGACUGAAGUAACUUAUUUCUUUUUAGUUUAAUUGUUAUAUAAUUUUUGUGUGAGAAUGUCUGUGAGUGCCAGUGCAGAGAAUCUUUCAACGGACGCUCAGAGUUGCGAUGGAGGGUCUAUGUGUUUGGAGCUCGCCUUGGAAGGCGAGAGGUUGUGCAAGGCUGGCGACUGCCGCGCAGGAGUGGCAUUCUUCCAGGCGGCGAUACAGGCGGGGACGGACGACCUGCGCACGCUCAGCGCGAUCUAUAGUCAGUUAGGCAACGCGUAUUUCUAUUUAGGAGAUUAUAAUAAGGCCAUGCUCUACCAUAAGCAUGAUCUGACAUUAGCUAGGUCAAUGAAUGAUAAAUUAGGUGAAGCGAAAGCAUCCGGCAAUCUGGGUAACACAUUAAAAGUAAUGGGAAAAUUUUCGGAAGCAAUACAGUGUUGUAAAAGGCACCUAGAGAUAUCCCGGUCCCUGGGCGACAGGCUCAGCGAGGGGCGAGCGCUGUAUAACCUGGGAAACGUGUAUCACGCGCAGGGCAAGCACUUGGGUCGAGUGGGACAAAACGACCCGGGACAUUUUCCACAAGAGGUGCGGGAAUGUCUGUUACAGGCUGUCGCGUAUUACGAGCAGAACCUGGAGCUGAUGCGCAGCGUGGGCGACCGGCAGGCGACGGGGCGCGCGUGCGGCAACCUGGGCAACACGUGCUACCUGCUGGGCGAGUUCGCGCGCGCCAUCCGCUACCACACGGAGCGGCUGCGCAUCGCGCAGGAGGUGGGCGACCGCGCCGCCGAGCGCCGCGCCAACAGCAACCUCGCCAACUCGCACAUCUUCCUCGGACAGUUCGAGAACGCCGCCGAACACUACAAGCGCACGCUGGCGCUGGCGGAGGAGCUGGGCGACGCGGCGGUGGAGGCGCAGGCGUGCUACUCGCUGGGCAACACGUACACGCUGCUGCGCGAGUACCGCGCGGCGGAGGAGUACCACGCGCGGCACCUGGCGGCGGCGCGCGGCCUGCGCGACCGCGUGGGCGAGGGCCGCGCCUGCUGGUCGCUGGGCAACGCGCACGCCGCGCUCGGCAACCACGAGAAGGCGCUCUACUACGCCAAGGAGCACUACAACAUCUCCAAGGAGCUCGGCGACGUGCUCGGCAUGGCGACGGCGCAGAUGAACAUCGGCGACCUGUGCAAGGUGCUGGGGCUGCCCGUGGAGGCGGCGCCCGGGCCCGCGCCCGCCGCGCCCGCCGCGCCCUCCGCGCCGCGCACGCCCUUCAGCGCGCUGCGCGUGCGCAGGCAGAGCAUGGAGCAGCUCUCGCUCAUACAGAUAACGCCGGACGCGAAGAAGCGCGAGGGCGAGAAGCGCGAAGGCAGCGCGGGCGGCGCGGGCGAAGCGAACGCGGAGCUGGCGCGCGGCGAGUCGGAGGAGGGCGAGCAGCCGGCCGACGUGUUCAUGGAGCUGGUGGCGCGCUGCCAGUCGCAGCGCAUGGACGAGCAGCGCGCAGACCUCGACAAGGAGAACCGCGCGCGCGAUGCCAAGAAAUCGGAGAGUAUGGCGGACAUGUUCAGCCUGAUCUCCGAGCUGCAAUCGGAGCGCAUGGAUGAACAACGCGCUGAGCUGAGACCGCUGAAGAAGACCAAGGAGACGAAGGGCACAUCACUACCCGGGCUACGCCCACUGCAGACCACUAGUACCAAACCGGAAGACGACUUCCUCGACAUGAUCGCCCGCGUGCAGGGCUCCCGGCUGGAGGACCAGCGCUCGGAGCUGCCGCGCGCGCCGCCGCCGCAGGAGACGGACGACGACUUCUUCGCGCAGCUCAUGAAGGCGCAGUCCGGCCGCCUCGACGACCAGCGGGCUACGAUCCCGCUGCAGGACCGCCAGAAUAAGGCAGCGUCGGGCUCCAAGAAGUAGGCGGCGCGGCUCGCGAGCGCCGUUUCGUAUUGUUUGCACGUUACAUUUAGUUCUGACAAGACUCCCGACUAUUAACGAUAUGUCAAUUUCACGUAUUCAGGAUUUGCUCCACAAAUAAUAUGUUGCUUUGUUUAGGAUUCAACGUAUUUUUUUUUUUUUUCACAGUUAAAUUCAACCUUUUGUAAUAUUAUUGUAUGAAGUUUGUAUCAAUUUCGGAAAAUCAAAUUGAGUUAUUAUGCUGUUUAAAGAUGUUAAAUGUAAAACCAUAAUGUAAUUAAAUAAUAGUUAAUACGAUAUCGGUGUUUAUCAUUACUAUAGAGAAAUAAUAUUUAGAUGAUAGAAAGGCCUCAUAUGGUGUCUAUUAUAACCUGUGUUAAUCAAAUCCCACUCGCCGUCACACUGUUCUCGAAUAUUCCUGAACUAUGCAUUUAUACAUUCCGUUGCACGACUAAGCCUCUGUUAUGUUUAAUAUAAGAUAUUUUCUUUAAUACAGAUUAUUGAUUUUUGUUCACUUGGCCUAAUAUAACUACACUUUAUAUAAAAUAAGAGUAUCUUAGGCAAUAGUUGUUAUAAUAUAUAUGUGUUGUUAAAUAAUUCAAAAUUCACCUCUCCCGGCUCGCUGGGAGUGACAUCGCUUUACCAGCCGGCGGCUUGAGAAACAUCAAUGAACAAUAGAAUUGCUUUGACAUUGUUUUUAAUUAAAAAUAAUUAAUUAUUACUACACUAAAGGCUGAAUGAAUUAUUUCGUGGAAUUAUUUUUAUUGUAAUGAAUUUUUUUUACAUUAUUUAUUAGUUUAGACUUCGUUUGUUUAAAGUCUGCGACGCGAUACCGCACGUAUUUACAUAUAUUUGUAUAUAUUUUUGUACAACAAACUAAAGUUUCACUACAUU